CUCAUAUCUAAAGAUAAGCAAGUUGACCCAGCUUUGGCAGAUACACUAAAGCUGUCCUUCACAAGCUCAGAGUUUUCCAUGGCGUUCCCCUAUGUUUCCACAUCAGCCACUUUCUGUAUCUUCCUAAAUUUCCUAAUCAAUGAGCAAUAGUUUUUUCCCCCCUUUUACACCAAAGAGCGUAUUUUUUUCUUUACUUCUGAUGUCAUGAUCAAGUCUAGUGAAGAUGGUUCAAGUAAGCAUGCAGGGUGGGAAACCCACAGCUGGUUCUACAUAGUAGUGAGAAUAAGCUUGUUUCUUUGGGUUGCUUUACUUAAUCUCAUUACAAUAUCAACUUGGGCAAGGGUAAUUGAUGUCAUGGAUAGUGAGGUAAUCAGUUAUGUUUUGACAAGGCCUGGAAGGGAGUUGUUGUUUACAGUUGUUUCACUGGACGAAAAGUACAAAGCUAAGGUCUGUAUAGAUGUUAUUGUCCAAAGACUGGUGAUGCGACAGCUGCUGGAAUUUAUAGUUUGCUGUUCAGCAGACUUGAGAAGAAAGCAAACAUGGUUACCCUAUAUGCAUUGCCGCUCUGCUUCCUUUGGCUUCUCACUGCAUUUCAUUUGGGACGCCUCCAGACAAAUCUUGCAAGGCUUCAGGCGGCACCUGCAGCAUCCUAAUUCCUGAAGGGCUAAAAAAAUGGAUACCCCUGUAUAUUUACACGUUAUCACAAGACUGAAGCGGGUUGCUCCUGUAGUCCCGCCGUUUUCUUCUCUAGGUUUUGACUCUACAGAUAUCUGCUGGAGGUAGUGCCACCAGAUAGACAGUGCUUUCAGCAUGUAGAAAGUAUGGUUACCACAGAGCAUGUCCUUGUUGGCAUUGAACUGCUCGUUUCAAAGAAUGGUAGAUCCAUGGAGGAACUUUUGAAUC